CCUCCAUCCAAGCCUGUGCCGCAGCCGCAUCGCCACCGCAGCCCCAGCAGAGCCAAGCCUGGUCCAGGCCGGUGCCCCUGCUCGGCUCUCUGCCUGCGGCCCCCGGCCCCGCCCCCGACCGCGGCGCCUCCCUCAGCGGCUUUGCCCCCCAGCGCCCCCAGACCCCGGCCUCCAGCACCGAGGCAGGAGGUAGGAGCAGCGGCAGGGACAGUAGGACGAGGCGGAGGAGGAGCCGUCGCAGGAUGAAGGAUCGGACCCAGGAGCUGCGGAGUGCGAAAGACAGCGAUGAUGAGGAAGAGGUGGUCCAUGUGGAUCGGGAUCACUUCAUGGACGAGUUCUUUGAGCAGGUGGAAGAGAUCCGGGGCUGCAUUGAGAAACUGUCAGAGGACGUGGAGCAAGUGAAAAAACAGCAUAGCGCCAUCCUGGCUGCCCCCAACCCAGACGAGAAGACCAAACAGGAACUGGAGGACCUCACUGCAGACAUCAAGAAGACGGCCAACAAGGUUCGGUCCAAAUUGAAAGCGAUCGAGCAAAGCAUCGAACAGGAGGAGGGGCUAAAUCGUUCCUCCGCGGACCUGCGAAUCCGCAAGACCCAGCACUCCACACUUUCUCGGAAGUUCGUGGAAGUAAUGACUGAAUAUAACGCGACCCAGUCCAAGUACCGAGACCGCUGCAAGGACCGGAUCCAGCGGCAGCUGGAGAUCACCGGAAGGACCACAACCAACGAAGAACUGGAAGACAUGCUGGAGAGUGGGAAGUUGGCCAUCUUCACCGAUGAUAUCAAAAUGGACUCACAGAUGACGAAGCAGGCUCUGAAUGAGAUUGAGACGAGGCACAACGAGAUCAUCAAACUGGAAACCAGCAUCCGCGAGCUGCAUGACAUGUUUGUGGACAUGGCCAUGCUCGUGGAAAGCCAGGGUGAGAUGAUCGACCGAAUUGAGUACAACGUGGAACAUUCCGUGGACUAUGUGGAGCGAGCUGUGUCAGACACGAAGAAAGCUGUGAGAUAUCAGAGCAAGGCCCGGAGGAAGAAAAUCAUGAUCAUCAUUUGCUGUGUGGUGCUGGGGGUGGUCUUGGCGUCAUCCAUUGGGGGGACGCUGGGCUUGUAGGCCCCCCACCCUUGCCUCCCCCAGACCCUUCCCCCACCACAUCGGGAGCAAUACCCCCACUGCCCCUUUCACUCCAUCCCCUGCUCCAGGCCCACCCCCAAGACAGACCCAGGUAGCCCGCCCCUUUACUCCCCCAUCAGACCCUGGAGUCCCUGGACCUUACCGCGCCAUGGACCACCCCCACCCCCGCACAUAAAUAGCAGCAGGCGUGAUUACACAUGCACACCAACAUGCAUGCCGCCGGAACACGCUCGAGACGAGUGGACACCCCAGCGUGUGUGUGUAUGUUCAUAGACGUGUGUAGAAGCACCUCAUCAGCCUUCCUGUUCCCACCUUGAGUCUGUGUGUUGUCUGAGCUUCCCCUCCUCACUUGUUUGUUGUGUAGACUGUGGCUGGGUAUAGCACAACAGCCCACCAAGCCCCGCUCUGUCUUCUGUGAAUAAGUGUGUGUGUGUGUCCACAUUCGAUCUGUGGGCACAUAAUUUGUGUACAUGGAGUUUUGUGUUUGAAUCUAACACAAUAGCACUUCUUCCACUGACGCCCCCUCCCCUGUGUCUGCUACUCUGCUACUAGUGGGGAGGUUGCGAGCGUGUGGAUGCUCAUCCCCCGAGGCUUCGGGUAGGCCCACGUACAUGGGCACGGCAGACACCCAGCGUGAUGCAGAGUGAAUCUUCCUGGCUUGGUCACCCCAGGCAUGUGUCCUGGGGGACCGUAAGUGUGUGCACGUUGUGACCCUUGGAGGUCAGCCCGCAUGAGUGGAAGUGUGCACGUAUAUAUAACCUAGUUUGGCUUUUAUAUACAUGUAUGUUUCCCCCAGCAGGCAAUGUGAGAAAUACCUGUGUGUGUCUGCGUGUGUGUGUGUGUGUGUGUGUCAGGGUUUGCUGGUGGGUCUCCUCAGAGAGCCUCGGUGCCAUGCACCGGACCCCUGUUCUGGGGGGCACAGCAAUCUGUAUCUCUGUGCUGUCUAGACUGUGUCUGUGAGAAUGGGUGUGUACAUAUACAGAGGCUUUCUACAUAGUGUUUCUGGUCCCCUGUAUAUUAUAUGAGCACCUGUUUCUCUGUAAGGACUCAUGCCCCAUUCAGGUUUGUUUAUGCCGAUUGAUUUGCCCCUCCCUCUCUCCCCAGAGCUGCUGCCCGAUAUCUGGCACGGCCACACACUGCUGCGUCAACACUGUGCAGCUGGCGCUUCCUGCCCUGUCGGGUCUCAGAGCCCCUGAGCACACACGCGUAGAUGCUUUUCUUCCUCUGUGUCUCUGCCAGAGGACGGGCCUGCACCCACGAGAGCUGGCCCACACAUGCCAAGGCUCAGGAGGCCUUGUGUAGGUGACCAUACCCAGGCACACACACACGAGCACACAUGCAUGCUGAUGUGCACAAGGUGCCCACGCAGGCCUACUCCCAUUUGCACAGGAGUACCUCCUAGAAUGCCUGCUGGAAGGGCUGUGAGAAUGUUACCAUGUCGAGGGCUAUCCCAGACCGAAAAUGAGAGCGUCCCUGCCUUCCAUCAAAUACCUCAGAAUGGGGAGAGGCCAGUAUUGGUCCCCACUGGCCCACUGGGUGCUCUGGGCUCUGCCCCAGGGACUUUGGGCUCAGGGAACUGUUUCCUGCAGAUACCCUGGAAUGGCCAAUGUGGCAGCAGCCACUCAGGGUGGGCUAAGUCCCAGGAUUCCCCCCCAGACCCAUUUGCUGACAUGUCUGGAAUAGCUGUCCCCGCACCGAGGCGAGAUUGAAGGUGGGACACGGGCCUGGGUUCCUGAUGGUGAGGAAAGAGCCAGCUCCUCCCUGAUGUAGGCAACAUGUGUACAGGUGGCUUUGCGCAUUUGGUGGCAGAUGGGAGGUACAUGAGCAAAGGACAACAUUAGAAGGUCCCCGCACUCCAUGGCUGAGAAACAAGGACCCACAUGCACAGGACUGAACACAAGUACAGGAAUGUGUCCUGCCCUGGGGGUGGGUCUACGUGUGCACAGAGGGAAGGACUCAGGGUAGUGUGCGGAUCAUUUCCCAGGGUCCCACUGCAUGUGAAACGUGUGUGUGUGUGUGUGUGUGUGAGAGAGAGAGAGAGAGAGACAGAGAAUGCAGAGGUGACUUGGAACAUGAUACCCUCCCCAUGCUUGUCCCAGCCCAGGUAGUCAACCUCUUCUCUUCCUGGCUGUUUGGGCCCUACCUGUGUGUGGCCAGUAUGUGUAAACCCCAAGGUGGGCUGUCCUGAAGAGGGGCAUCUGCCUGUUCAUUCCCAGAAUGUCCUUCUCAAGGACAGAAAGUUUGCCCUCACUGUGGCCUUCCUGCUCCGUCCUCAGACUUCUCUGGGCAUGUCAGAGCAGGCCCAGCACCCCUACCCUUCCUUCUUCCCUUCCUGCUGCCCAACCAAGACACCCUUUCGACCCAGGUGUUUCUGAGACUUUCACAGCCUUGAGGCCACGGGAGAAGGGUGGGGGCCUGGCUCGAGUGAUGCUGCUGCCUCCUUGAGUGGCAUUAGACCCGUAGCUGCCCGUCUCUGGGUGUCAGACCAGAGUACUCCUGAGGGUCUGCUAUCCCCAAGCUUGCACAAGUCUCGCACGUCAUGUGAUGUGUUUGCUUGUUGGCUGCUGUGUCCACGUGUGUCCUGGAGUGUGGCCUGGGGCUCGUGUCUUUCACGUGGUCUUGGAGGAGUGUGUGCUGCCCACCCUUCCCCACCUCCAACCGUGUGUGCCCCAUGGGUGGUGCCAGGCCUGGCCGGGGCUCACUGCUUCCCCUUCUCCUUUAACCCUAGCUCUGCCUCUCAUGAAGCACACUGCGCGUGUCCAUCCCAUGUGCCUGUGGGUCAGCACAUGCUCUUGCCAUAUCUGGAGCAUGUGUACAUGAUGUGUUCUAUGCAUUCACCCUGCCCCCCCAGCCCGCCCUGCAAAGGGCAAGAUGGUGGCCCCUGGCUCCCUUCUACCUGACCUGCCCCUGCCCGCUGUGCAGCCGUGUGCGUUGGCGUGUUUCCGUGUCGCUGGCGUGUCACGUGAUAUAGCUGUGUUUGCUGACAUGAAUCCCUGCCCCUUCUGUUUCUCCAUUGGUUUCUAGAGCUCUUUCCCUCUUGACAGGACUCUUGGGGCCUGGCUGGGGGCCCAGAGCCAGGCCACCCUCUCCUGUUAGCCCUCAGAGACCCAUUUUUCUCUAUUGGUGACCGAGUCGCAAAUGGAUAAAACACAGGAAAAUUCUGCCCUCUGUCCUCAGCCCUGCAUGUCCUGUCCCCAGAGCCCCCACCCCCACCCUGGGCCAGGUUGGGCCCCGUGGGACGGGAGAAAUAGCAACCAAUCCAACAGCG